AUGAAAGGCAAUCACUACAGCUGCCUUAUCUUUCUUCAGUUGCUCCACAUAAUUUCUGCUGAAAUGGACACCAUAGGUGGAAAUGAGUACAUAAGAGACGGUGAGACCAUCAUCUCAAGCGGUGAAAUGUUUGAACUGGGCUUUUUUAGCCCUGGAAAUUCAAAGAACCGAUACUUGGGGAUAUGGUAUUACAAGAUAUCUCAGACAGUUGUUUGGGUUGCCAACAGAGAAAUACCACUUAACAAUACAUCUGGUGUGUUCAAAGUCAGUAGCCAGGGAAGUUUGCUGCUCCUCAAUGGUGAAGGCCGAGACAUCUGGUCAUCGAAUUCAUCUGUAUUGGUCGGGAAUCUUCAUCCAGUGGCACAGCUUCUAGAUAAUGGAAAUCUUGUUGUGAGGAAUGAAAGUGACAUUGACCACUUAAAUCUCAUCUGGCAAAGUUUUGAUCAUCCCUGUGACCAUAUUUUACCAGGAAUGAAAUUUGGGAAGGACUUAGUCUCUGGCAGAGACAUAGCAUUGAGUUCAUGGAAGAGUCUGGAUGAUCCUUCUCCAGUUGUAUUGAGGGUUUUGAACCACUACACCCCCGAAGAAUGGAAUAUAGCAAACUGGUCGAGUGGGUGUCAACGUGAAAAGCCUUUAGACUGUAUGAAUAGGGAUGGAUUUCAGAAGAUUACAGGUGUAACACUGCCAGACUCUCGAAAAACAUGGUACAAUGUGAGCAUGAGCCUUGCAGAAUGUAAAAGAGAAUGCAAGAGGAAUUGCUCUUGUACAGCUUAUGCGAAUUUGGAUGUUAGAAAUGGCGGAAGCGGAUGUUUGCUAUGGUUUGGAAAUCUGAUGGAUAUCAGAGACUUUGAGGAAAAUCAAGAUCUUUACAUAAGAAUUGCCAUGACUGAGUCAACUGGCUGGAGCAAGAAAAGAAAAAUCAUAUUGGUCCUCUUGACUUCUGUUGGCGUAGUUCUUGUUGGUCUGACAUUAGCAGUACUGUAUGCUUAUAAGAAAAAAAAUUCCCCAAGACCAGGUAAUCUGGUACAAUCCCUUGUUGAUGAUUAUACAGACGGGAGCCAGAAUAAAGAUGUAGAGCUACUAUCGUUUAGCUUGGCUAAAAUAGCAAAAUAUACAAAUCACUUCUCAGUCAGCAAUAAGCUUGGAGAAGGUGGUUUUGGUCCAGUUUACAAGGGUGUGAUGGAAGAUGGACGGGAGAUAGCUGUGAAGCGGCUAUCAGAAACUUCUACACAGGGAUUUGAUGAGUUUGAAAAUGAAGUUAGAUUUGUUGCCAGACUUCAGCAUCGAAAUCUAGUGAAGCUUUUCGGAUACUGUGCUCAAGGAAAUGAAAUCAUGUUGAUUUAUGAAUACAUGCCUAACAGAAGCCUAGACACAUUUUUAUUUGAUGAAACCAGACAUUUAAUGCUUGAUUGGCCACUGCGUUUCCAUAUAAUCCAAGGGAUCUCUCGGGGGCUUCUAUAUUUGCAUCAAGAUUCUCGACUUCGCAUUAUACAUAGAGAUCUGAAAGCCAGCAAUAUUUUGUUGGACAAUGAUAUGAACCCAAAGAUCUCUGAUUUUGGCCUUGCUAGAAGGUUUAAGGGAUACGAGACCGGAGCUAAGACAAAGAAUGUGGUUGGAACUUACGGUUAUAUCUCCCCUGAGUAUGCAGUGCAUGGGUUCUUCUCGAUAAAAUCAGAUGUAUUCAGCUUUGGAGUAUUGGUGCUUGAAAUAGUUAGUGGAAUGAAGAAUCGAGGAUUCUCCCAUCACGAGCACUGUGAUAAUCUUCUUGGACAUGCAUGGAGACUCUAUAAAGAUGACAAGACCCUUGAACUGGUUAGUGAAUCCCUACGCAAAUCAUGCAUCGUUUCUGAAGUACUACGGUGUGUACACAUUGGUUUAUUAUGUGUUCAAAAUCAUGUUGAAGAUAGGCCAACAAUGUCAUUUGUGGUUCUGAUGUUUGGUAACGAGGGUAUGUUGCCUCCACCUAAACAACCUGCAUUUUUCUCCGAGCUUGAACCAAAUUCUACUUCAUCCAAACCAGGAUCAGUUUCGGUUAAUGAAGUAACAAUUACAUCAUUAGAUGCCCGGUAG